GCUCGCUAGUUAUGUUGCAGUUGGACGUUUGGGGUUUUUCUUGUGGCUACAGUGGCCGUGUAUUAGCGGCGUAAGUUUGCUGAAUAAGGUGUUUGAAUUAUUCCUGUUGACUUAGCCACCUGUCCUUUGUAAUUUUCCAUUGUAAACGUAUUGUACGUGUUGCCAUAAAAUGAUGAGAGCAGGAGGAAUCUUGAAGCUUGUAGCACUGGUUUCUGUCUCGUGUCUGGCUGUUUUCCUGGCCUUUGAGCUUCUAGAAAUAAACUUUUCUGUGACACAUUUAUUUGGAUCAGCACCAGUGCAAGAAGGCCCUACCAGACCAAUACGGUACAAAUGCAGUCUCUUAAAGCCCUGUCCUGAAGACCAUUUCUCCUUCAAGAUAGCAAGUGGUGCUGCCAGUGUAGUUGGGCCCAAAAUCUGCCUGGAGGACAAUAUAUUGAUGAGUGGGGUGAAGAACAACGUGGGCAGGGGUAUAAACAUCGCUCUAGUCAAUGGAAGGACUGGUAAACUUAUCAAGACUGAUUUCUUUGACAUGUGGGCUGGAGAUGUCAACACACUUAUCAAGUUUCUGAAGAUAAUUGAGGAUGGAACAAUCGUAAUGAUGGCCACGUUUGAUGAUGCUUCUACAAAACUUAACGAUGAAGCAAAGAAAUUAAUAUCGGCCUUGGGCAGCUCAAACAUCAACUCCCUCGGCUUCAGGGAUAACUGGAUUUUUGUUGGAGGAAAGGGGAUCCAAACAAAGAGUCCUUUUGAGCAGUACAUCAAGAACAAUGCAGAAACCAACAAGUAUGAAGGCUGGCCUGAGGUUCUGGAAAUGGAAGGUUGUAUUCCUCGAAGGCAAGACUGAUCCAUGUUUUCUGAUCAGUCUUCUUGGACCAAAUUAUCUACCGUUGAUAAGGGGGUGGGGGGUUCUUCAGUAAGAUUUUAAAUACUUCCAUAUUGUUAGCCUGUCCUCACUAUAUGCAAAAGGUCUUGGAAUCUUUAAUUGAAGCACAGGUAAUGUCAGUGGUUGCCCAAACCUUUUCAAAACCCAACUGAAAAUGCUCUUAUUCAUUGGUUAAGUCGGCUGACAAUCCACAUAGGUGUGCCAGUCACGUUCCUAUAGGCAGUGAAAUGCAUUGAAUUUGUGUCAUAAUUAUAGUCCUGCUGUUGUCACUACAGUAUUUUAUCACAAUUGGUAGUACAGGUAUUGGUUUUAUAUUUGUUUAUAACAGGAGAAAAAAAAUGGAUUUGCAAUUGGUAUCAGCAGUGAUCAGUGCCAGGAAUUGGUAUCAGCAAUAACUUUUGAAUAUCUGAAAUCCUGCAAUAUGGGAAUGCAUAAAAUAUGGUUCAUAUGAAAUGUGAAAUGAAGUCUGCAGAUGUGUGCAUACGUGCAUUAGCUUGCUUUCUCUUUUCCUAACUAGUCAUGGCCUAUGGACAUUGACAGCUCAUUGCUUCAGUUAGAUGCUAAAAAUGUAAGGUCAAAAAACUGUUAGCAUUUAUUGUUGGAUAGUCAUCUAGCAUUGUUAGUGCUUAGCACAGCUAUAUUAAAUCCAGUUGAAUGUUUCCAUAUUAUUUAGUAAUUGAUGUGGGGCAUUUGACUUUCCCAUGAAAGUGAUGGAAGCUGCUGCUUUAGUGGUGCUGACUAGUUUGUGGCUUGCACAUUUUAGAUUUUUGCCUUUAAGUGCACUCCAUGAGUGUUGCAUGCUACAUUAAUUUUCUAUCUCUGUGGCAUUUUCCAUUAUGGUUGCAUUCAUUCAUACAGCUGUGUAGUGAGUAAAACAUUUAUUAAAUUCACUCCAUAUACUUACUGUUCCUUAUAUCUUAAGAAAUUGAAUUGAACCACAAUGCAGCAAAAAGCUGACAAGUAUUUUUCUUAAUUUCUGGUUGGCUGAGCAUAUAGCUGAAUGAUUUACUUUAAAAUCCAUUGCAAGGGCAGCAUGGUGAUUAUUAAUAGCAAUUUGUAUCAGCUACUUUUUUCAUUAAUUUGAGGUCACUUAAGUAAAUUAGUUGAAUACUCACAUCACUUAUGUAGUGCAAGCUAAGAACCCCCACCCCCAUAUAAAAAAUAUAACUGCACUAAAUGUGUGCAUCACUGUUACUGACCAAUCAGCCAGUCAGAAAACUGUUCAAAUAUAUAAAUAACCAAAAUAGUUGAAUGAGGAUGGAGAACUGGAGAAACUGUAGUGGUUUCAUAGCUAUUUUAUUAUUUUGUUUUUGUCCUGUAAGGCUUUAGGUUUAAAUGACUUACUGAUUGUGACUUAGUUUUUUCUUGGUGGGGAAUUAAGCAUUUGACAAUCCUUAUUACUAGGUGUUUGUCAGUAUGGGUCAUCCCAUACUCGUCUAAUAAUAUAGUUUUGAUUAUUUUUUUAUUCAUAUAAAAAUAAUCUCCAACAUAUGCAUAAUUUCUCUGCCUAUUUAGAAAUAUUAUAAAUGUAUUGCCAACAUUGAAUCGGUCAAUGCAACCUUUGCCGCAACAGCUCUCAUUGUUUCUGUAGUUAUUUUUAUAGUGACCAGCUCAGGUUAUUCAGCUCGAGACAGAAUGCAAAGUAGUUCAAAAAUCAUGUUGUAAUUAGUGUUUGGUACUAUGCAAUAUCUUGGAAAAAUUAUCCUUUAAAUCUUCCACAGCUAUUUUUAAUUCCAGGUUUGGGGACCCCAUGCACCGAAUAUUCUUGUGGUCCCUCUUUAAAAAAAAAACAAGUUUUCCGAUAUUUAUCCUGCACUUUGUGAGCUAAGUGAGGGGUUUUAAUAGGAUGUGCUGGGCAUGGCAUCUCUACUACUGGAAUUAGAGCAACAGUUCUCAUCAUAAAACAACUAGUUGAGAGCUACAUUAUAUAAUAUACAAUACCCACCUUUUACUUAGUUGUACAGACCUAUGGCAAAAUGUAGCUUGGAGAGCUGAUCUGUUUAUGCCUUAUGUUUGAAAAUUUGUUUCAUUUACAGAAAAGCUAGUGUGACAUGCUUUUACUUUAACAUUUUUUUAUUUAAAUAACUUUAAAUACAUUUGUAUAGAACAUUUGUGUUUUUGUCUUUAAUACAAGUAGCUUUAAGUUGAUACAUUAUGUACAACAGGACUUUUGUAUUUACAUAUGGAUUGAUUUAUCAUUUGAGCGGAAAAGAUCAGGUGGUCUUGCUAUAGAAAGACUUGUGGAUUUAUAGGUUUAUAAUGUUGCAAACCCCAGCACUGCUAAUGUGGUCUGUAUAAUGCCUUCUUAAUGUUGUAACUGCAAUCAGUCCAUUAUCUGGCAUGUUAUAAAAUAUAAUGUAUUUAAACCAGGCUUGCCUUUAGUUGAGCUAAAGCGAUCGUAGCCACCUUAAUGGACUGGUUGUAUGCUGUGAAGAGGUAGUUUUGUUCCCUCCAUAAUUAAAAGAACCAUCGAUGUGCCUUUUUACACCAAACAGAUGUAAUGGUGGGACAUUUCUAAGAGCUAUUUUUGGGAAAUAUUAACUUGUACUUAAAUUAUUUUUAUUGUUAAAAAAAACGAUUUGGUCUUUAUUAAAUGUAUGUGGCGUC